GUUAACGGGUGGAUCUACAAUCGCUCGGAUGAUUACAAAUACCUUUAAGCAACGGAUCAACACUGAGGGUGUCAACUGGAAGGCUAUAUCAGAAGAGACAAAAGAAUUUUACUGGGAAGAAUUUAAGAAAAAAUGUUGUUGGGAGUCCUUCGAAGAAGCAGGGAUAAAGGCUGCAUGGAGAUCAAAGGCAGCUGUACGCUACAAGGACAUGAUUGCAGAUUUAAAUAAUUUCAGGAAAAGGCCCUUGUAUAUUUCUAAAGAAACUUGGGCAAAAUUUGAGCAGCACUGGAAUGACCCCAAGAUCAUUCAACGGUUAGAGAUAUAUUCUAGAAACCGCCGUGGUGCUACAAAUGCUCAUGGACCGUCCACCCACACAGGUGGAUCCAUAACAUAUGCUGAAUGGUCUGAUAAAUUGGUUAGUAUUUUCACAUAAGAAAAAAAAAUUAUGGAUGGUUGUUGAUGGAAAUAUGAUGUAAUGUGAUAAAAUUGUCAUGAAAAAUAUUACAGAUUGUUGUGCGAUUGAAUUGUGAGAUUUUUGUUAAUUUCUAGCAGGGGGAAAUGUCAAAAUAUAGGGGAAACUCUGCCCGUUUUUAUUUUCGUUUCAUAAUAAAUUUUAAUAAUUUAUUGUUUAUGCAUAUAAUAAAUAGCUUCUGAUAACUGUUUAUUUUUGUCUAGGAGAAAGAAUUGGGUAGAAAGCCAACUCCAACUGAGUUGUUUGUCCAUACUCACACUCGAAAGCAUGACAAGGAAACUUUUGUGGACCAAAAAUCCAAAGAGA